UUUUUUGUAGUCAAGAUCCAUCAAUCGUUUCCAACUAAGAUGGGCCGACAUGGAGUCUACAAAAAUUAUAUAAAGAGCAAUAACAACCCGUCAAUCUGCCCUAUUCAUAAUUAUCAAAUACAAGAAAUUCUCUAUAUUCUACCUGAGUUUCUAGAAAUCCCCACAAAAUGAAGAUCACCAACACUCUUCCUUUGGCUUUCUUCCUCCUCGCCUCAGCCGCCGCUGAUGCUGAGCCUGACAAAGAAAACAUUCAUCCCGUCAACACAGUCAGGGUCCAGCUAGCCAACGAUCAAUCAGGCGCCAAUGCCAAUAAACAGGUUCCUACUGACGGCGUGAAACACUCCAUCGAUUCUCUCUGGGGCGAUACGGCCGUCGCUCGCCAUGGCGUUGUGUUUGCCACCAGCGCCCAGCUCACAGCCAACUUCCAGAAUACGGCCUGUACCAUUUCGCAGCCUCCAAAGGUUCAUGCCGAACUUGACUCGCAACGCACCUGGGUGUCAUUGGAUGGUGGCAAGGUGGUAGAAUUGGACCAUGGUUUCAUUACCUGCCAUCACACCUGAGAGUGAAGGAAAAGUUGCAGGAUUAUUAGGGUUGUGGGUUUUUUGUUGACGGGGUUUUUUUCAAUCAUAUUAAUGUACGUGUA